UUACUCUGAUAGUGCGGGGGCUGCUUGCCGGGAUUUUGCGUUCUGGGAUGCCCAAUUCAUUUUAUUAUGGCUCUAAAAUUUUUUCCGAUCCCAUUCCCGAUCUUUGCACCACUGCUGAAUCCGAAUCCGAGUCAGAACCUAUCUCAGCACCACCAGCGGCCGCCUACCGAGGUCCGCUUCUCUCGGUGGAACAACGCUAACGCCAGGGAAUUCAAUGAACGCCAACGCGCCCAGAAAGAAAUCGAAGACGACCUCCGCCGGCAUCGCCGCUUUGAUUCCGCCACUAAAAUCGUUCAUAAUUACGAUUCUGGCACAGUGAGCGCGAGUACCGAGACUUUCAAAUCGAUAGGCACGCCUUCCUCUCCUUCAAAUCCCUCAAUCCGGGGCAAAAAGUCCAAAUAUUCCAAACCCGAAACCUCGAAUUCCCACCCGGCAUUUCGGGGAAAAUGGAGAAUUUCCGAACAACCACAACCGAAAACUGACGAGAUACCAAUCGACAGAAAUGCAAACAUCAAAAUUAGCGAAGAUGGUCUCUCUUAUGUCAUCAACGGGGCGCCGUUUGAAUUUAAGUACAGCUACACCGAGACACCUAGGGUCAAGCCCGUUAAGUUGCGAGAGCAGCCUUUCUCGCCGUUUGGCCCCACCACAACGGCCCGGCCUUGGACUGGGCGGGCACCGUUGCCCCCGAGUAAGAAGAAGUUGAGGGAGUUUGACUCCUUUAAGUUGCCCCCGCCGGAUAAGAAAGGUGUGAAGCCAGUUCAGUCACCUGGCCCCUUUCUGCCUGGAUCAGGUCCGAGGUAUGUGUAUACGAGGGAGGAGAUACUGGGUGAGCCGUUGACGCGAGAGGAAGUUAAGGCUUUGAUCGAUGGGUGCUUGAAAUCGAAGCGCCAGUUGAAUAUGGGUAGAGAUGGCCUGACUCACAACAUGUUGGAUAAUAUUCAUGCCCAUUGGAAGCGGCGGAGAGUGUGCAAGAUCAAAUGCAAAGGAGUGUGUACAGUUGAUAUGGACAACGUUUGCCAGCAAUUAGAGGAAAGAACUGGAGGAAAGAUUAUUUACAGGAAAGCAGGGGUGGUGUACCUUUUCCGAGGCAGAAACUACAACCACAAAACUCGUCCUCGCUUUCCUCUUAUGCUGUGGAAACCUAUUACCCCUGUGUACCCGAGGUUGAUUCAACGGGUUCCAAAGGGUCUAACACUGGAAGAAGCAAGUGAAAUGCGCAAGAAGGGGCGGAAACUAAUACCAAUAUGCAAACUAGCAAAGAAUGGUGUGUACUGUAAUCUAGUAAAAGAUGUCCAAGAGGCAUUUGAAGAAUGUGAAUUGGUCAGAAUAAAUUGUCAAGGAAUUAAUGGAAGUGACUACCGGAAAGUUGGUGCCAAACUCAAGGAACUUGUACCAUGUGUGCUAAUCUCAUUUGAACAUGAGCACAUACUUAUGUGGAGGGGAAGGGAUUGGAAGUCCUCCUUCACAAAACCAGUAAAUGAUAGCAAAGAAGCCAAGGGGUCCGAUGCUGAUAGUGCAUCUAUUGUUCCAUCUGUGGAGGACCAAAAAAUUGAAAUGGUAUCUGUCAAAGGUGUUCUUAGUGUGCCAAAUACGGGCGCAACUCCUGUGGGAUGUGAAGAGCAAACAGAGGAUCUAUCUGCAGUACAAUUAAAUGUUCCAUGUGCAGCAACGGGCACUAGUUCAACCACAAGAGAAAUGUGUGAAAAUGAUCCCACAUCAGAUAAUGCAGGCAGUUUUGCUAUUAAUGAGUCUGAAGCUAUGGGCUAUGCUAUUGAAAUGUCUGUUGCUCCAUCAGUGGGAUCUGACACCAUGCUAGAAAAUGUCGGGAGCACAGAGGAAGUCCAAGAUGCCUUAGAAGGCUCGCCUGAACUUAAUGAGCCAACAAAGUUGAGUGUACCUUAUGCAACUGGAGUUCUACAGUUGUGGAAACAAGCUGUUGAGAGUGGGAGUGCAGUUGUUUUGGUUGAUGCAAAUUUGGAUGCUGAUACUGUUUAUCAAACAGCGGUUGACUUUGCCAGGUCUGCUCCACCUAGUCCAGAUUUUAGACAUCGGCCACAGAAGGUAUCAAUUCAACAGUGCGAGAAGCAAGAAAUUGGGGAUUUGCAAGUUAAAGAAGUUACAACUGUUGCUCAGACAGAAGUAAGGGAGAAAAGAAGUUUUAAACUCAAAAGGAGGAAAGAUUCUAGUGAACAAUAUCUGGAUUCUGCACCGCAGGGAAGCCUAGGAGUAGAUGAACUUGCUAAACUACUAGCAUAAUACUUAAUGUUUUCUUCCAUAUUUUACUUGCCAUUGUCUUUUGAGUAGUUGCAGCUAAUUUAAUCAAAUUCUUUCAUGUGUCCAUUCCCUGUUGUUAUUCUCAAUGAAAUUACUUUUUUUUUGCUAA